UGCAGCACUGUCACUCUCGUUCUUCACUCCCAGCGUCGUUCACUUCAGCCCACCCUCUCUGUCUUCAGCAGCGGCAAGGGGCUCCAACCAGUUAAAUCUUUACUAUCCCUACGUCAGUUCAAGCACACCAUGCCCAUCGCAACCUGAGCACUCACACACCCCGUAAGUGUGUUGGAUCUUCGCCCGCAUCUGACGAAUUAAUCCACUUCUUUUGUCUCAGAACAGGAUUUGGGCUGUCGCCAUCCCCCUACUUGAUAUUUUCUGACACUGAGGUAAUCAGGAGUUCACUGGUUGCAUUACGAAUCAUCCCGGAGAUUUCCCUGAAAUAACCUCCUUCCGGAACUUCCCACUGCCCACUCUUCCAGGUUCCAAGCGCCCGCGCGACUUUACUAGCCCAUCUGUCCAUUCACAAUGUCCAAUAUAGCAUCACGUUCUGUGCCAGGUCGGCAAUCCUCCCCUCGACUAGCUGUUCCCCUGGGAUCCAAUAAUCCCUUCCGCAAUAGGACCUCGUCGCCGCCUGACGGUCUACUCGCUGCCCCAGCUAGCAGGCCUCGACCGGUUUCAACGAAUCCAUUCCUCGACGAUUCAGAGGCACUUGCUCUGCAGGCUCUGGGAGCAGGAAACAUGUCGCCAACCAAAAGUUCGAAACAAGACUCUGACGUGGCCGAGCAUGCCUCCAGGCUAUUUGACAAUCUUUCCCUAGACGGCCCGGCGAGACCAAGGGAGCGACGGCCCCCUCCUCCACCGAAUUCUGAGAAUAUUCCGUCUGGAAGAAACUUAAAAGGCAGAGAGCCUAUGCGCCCGCCCCGGCGUCCCUCCAAAGAGGACACAAGUCUCCGUCAAACGGAAAGGUCUGCGAAGCCUUUGAUUGAUAUUUUUGCCGACCCGCAAGAGCCCCGGCGACAGCAACCUCAUCGACGGGAGCGACGCCGCAGAAACUCAGAAUCUUCUAUCAUGGAGCGCCCCAGGGCACUCGACCCGGAGGAGGAGCGACGACGGCGAGAAAGGAGGCACAAAGACCGAGAUGGGAAGCAUAGAGAACGGCAUCAUUCGCGGAAGAAUAAUAGCUACAAGCUGGACAUAAUUGACAAACUCGAUGUCACCAGUGUCUAUGGCGGAAUGUUCCAUCACGAUGGUCCUUUUGAUGCAUGCAAUCCUCAUCGCAACCGCAAGAAUCUUCGCAAUGCCCCCAUGCAGGCAUUUCCCAAGGAUUCAAGAAAUAUGGCUUUAGGCGGGGCCGGACCUAACAAUACUAACAUUGAUCUCAACCUAUUCCAUGGCCGUGGCGAGGAAGGAUACGCUGAUUUCUCAAAGACCAGUCGUGCGCCGGAAAGAUUCGAUCCCACCGCCAGAGUGGAACCGAUACACGGCGCUGAGAGUAUGGGCCUUGGCACAUCUACCUUCUUGGAGGGCGCCCCUGCAAGCCGUUCUGCUAUCGAACGGCGACAGAGUGAAACUGAAGCUCAAGCUUUGCAGAAUGCUGGACUGCAGCGUAAGAAGAGCUUGGCGCAGAAAAUUCGAGGAAUCAACACUCGGGCCGGUGCUGGUCGUGUGACAUCUCCAGAGCCACUCCUUCGGAUGUCUCCAGUUAGCGGGCCUUCGAGAAGGAACGACAAGAACCCAUUCUUCCAGGAUUACGAUGAAGCGUAUGACCUCAAGGGAGCCAGGAUCCGGGAGGUUUCCGACGGAGGAAUGAAAGACAAUGUGAGACCCCGAUCUGUUAGCAGCCCGAAAUCCCUAUCCGUCUUGGAGACAGAUUCCACCGCGAUUGGAGAAACGAAGCCUAGCGGUCAGUCGGGUGGAGGAGGUAUUGGCGGGGGGCUCAUGAAUCGGAUGAAGAGUUUGAGAAGAGCACGCCCCGAGAGGAGAACAACUGUUGGAGAUGGUCAAUAAUUUGUUCAAGCAUGUCGUUUCGUCUCUUAACCGUACGCCUUUGUUUCACGAACUUUUAUUUUCCUUUCCUUUCAUGCUAUAUGUCCGGACUGAUCAAUGUCUCUUGAGCCUGAAAGCCAGCUCUGUGGUACAUAGUCUGGGCAUUUUGUUUGAGUUGAAUUGCUUCUUUUGCAUUUGCCAAUGAUUCCCACAUUUUCUCUUCUCCCAAUUAAACUGAUUAAUUCUUUAACCCGUUACUUCUCCUCUGUGCCUUUCUGGGGUUCUUUCUCUGCUUUCCCACCCAUCGGCUCCGUACUUUUGUGCUUGAUGCCCGUGGGUUCUUCUUUUCCCCACUUCGAUUGUCAUGAUUUAGUUUUUUUCUACUUUCCAAUGUCCAGCUCCUGGCGUAGAUAGGAUCAAUGGCAUUUUAUUGUUUCGGAAC